AUGUUGGGUCUCCUAAUGAGUUUUAAGGUGGAUGAGUCCCCAGAGCCUGAUGGGAUUUGUGCCUGUUUAUUGAAGGAAGCAAGAGUUGAGAUUUGGGGGGCCUUGACCAGUAUCUUUGUGCCCUCUCUAGCUACAGGCAAAGUCCCUGAGGACUGGCGAGUGGCUAAAACAUGUGGAGGAAUGUUAAUGAAGGAUCAAGGACUUCUCAAAUCUCCAGGAUUUCCAGAUUUAUAUCCAAACAAUCUUCAUUGCAUAUGGCUAAUUAGAACACCGAAUUAUAAAAAUAAAAUUUUCUUGCAAUUUACUAAAUUUCAAGUAGAACAGUUUAUUAACUGUUAUUCCGAUCGUGUAAUAAUUUAUGACGGUGGAAGUUUAGAGUCUACUGUCCUUGAUGGACCAACUUGUGGUUCAGAAAAUCCAGCAGUAGUAUCAUCUGAAGGAUCUUUAUUAGUCGAAUUUUUCUCCUCACGCACAUGGAGAGCAUAUGGUUUCAGUGCAAAGAUUCAAUUUGUUGAAUGUGGUUACACAUUGACAAACAAAAAGGGCAAUAUUGAUUUUAGAGCUUGGAAAAAAGAUGAUUUAAAACACAAAUGUUGGUGGGCCCUGCUAAUACCAAGAUCAUUUAAGAUAGUCUUCACAUUAAUUACAUUGCACAUCAGGAGUAAUGAAAACUGUACAGCGGACUACUUGGCCAUCCAUGAUGUUGCUGCAAAUCCUCAUACACUUCUUGGAAAGUACUGUGGAAAGCUAUCCGAGCCAGUCACUUUCACCUCAACUGGAAGGACACUUGUACUAGAAUUGUCUCAUUUAAAGUCAGAUCUUGGAUGGGGAUUUUCAGCUGAAUACAAAUCUAUUAUAACUUCUGUCAUGUUUAUAGUGGCUUCGGGUCAACAGCGAACAUAUUUUGUAAUGGUCUGUCUCAUAACCAACAUUGCCUUGUCAUAGAAAACAAAACAGAGCCUAUCACACUACUAUCCCAUGAGCAAACUAUCAAUCAGAAAUCAAACUUAGCAAACUGCUGAUGUUAUAAAGCAUGCACUUCUAUUCUCUCUUUCCUUCUGAAUGUAGCAGGUGAGAUAAAAAUUUGAAUGCAUGUAAAACUCUUGAAAAUCUUCAGUUGUAGGUUUUUGUUUCAGUUUUGUUAUUUCUUGCUGCUUUUGAAGUCCUUGCAUUUAACUUGGUUAGAUUUGAUCACAAUUUCUGCCAGCUGUAACUUGGCAGAAAGUUAAGUGCUGUCUAUAUAUAUUGCAGAGGUGUGAACAUGCAUUGUGACAACCAGUAUUUAAAAGAAAAGUAAUUCUAGUAAAUGUCUUUCAGAUUUUGGCAAUCACUUUUCCUUUCAUCUAUACUCCAAUUUGGUUCUUGGACUAUUUAGAAUAUUAAGUUUAUAUUUUCCUUUCU